ACAACCCAUAUACCCAUGGGCCAGAUCCAAGUCAUCAUAUAUAAAAUCUCCAUUUCAUUCUCUCCCACGCAGUCCUAUCAGAAACCCUAGCCGAGCCGACGAGCGCAAGCCUCAGAUCUAGGGUUUAGAGGAGGAUGACGUUCAAGCGAAGGAAUGGUGGUCGCAACAAGCACGGCCGCGGCCACGUCAAGUUCAUUCGCUGCUCCAACUGUGGCAAAUGCUGCCCUAAGGACAAAGCUAUUAAGAGGUUUCUGGUGAGGAACAUUGUGGAGCAAGCUGCUGUUCGUGAUGUGCAAGAAGCUUGUGUUUAUGAUACUUAUACUCUCCCCAAGUUGUAUGCCAAGAUGCAGUACUGUGUUUCUUGUGCAAUUCAUUCGCAUGUUGUUAGGGUUCGUUCCCGCACUGACAGAAGGAAGCGUGAUCCACCUCUGCGCUUUAGACGCCGGGUAUGUCUAUUUUUCUUUUUCUUUUAUUAUUGUUAUUAUUAUUAUUGUUAUUAUUUUGCUAUUUUUUUCUGUUUAAUUACUCGUUAACGGUUGAGAAAUGACUUUCUAUACAGUUUUCACUGAUUUUCCAGAUAGUAUUAUGCUUCUGUUUAAGUAAUGAGAUAAAAUGACUACUCUUGCACCCUAUACAAGUGAAUUAUUUAUUCUUACAUUUUUGUCAAAAUUUUUUACCAAGUUCAAUGUUAACAUGAAACUCCAAAUAGUUUCACAGUGUACUUCUAAUUGAUUUAAUAUUUCAUUUGUAAGGCGAUGUUAUAUUGGCUUGUCAUUUUUUGGUGUGCUUUUCCAUGGCUGAAGUUUAAAAGAGGUCUUGUCACACCAUUCCUUCAAAUGUAUUUCUUUAGAUGUUUGGAUAUUGAUUCUUAUUGUUUUCACAAGACCAGCAAUGUUUGCCCUUUUUUUCCUCCCUGGUGCUUGUGUUGAUUUUGUAGAAGUUGUACUUUGAUCUGCUAUAAGAUUUCAAAAUUAAACAAAACAAAAGAACCUCAAAUCUAUACCUUGGGUCUUAUGUAGUUGGUGGAACUUUUCUUGCAAAAAUUGGUGUUGACUGAAACUUGAGUCUCUCUCUCUUUCAAAUACACUCACAUGCAUGCAGACACAUGUGCACACAAACAUGUGCCCCCCCACACAUGCACAUAGCUUGCUUACACGCCUUGAAUAGGCUUGCAUACUUGCUGCCGGUGGGUGAUAUCAUGUUUUGGUGUUUCCAAAUUUCCUUGUGUCCCAUUUAUUGUUCCUAGCAGUGCUAGAAGUUCCAAAUAAUGACAUGUUAGAAUCACCUCUUUAAUGGUAUGGGUUAUGGAAUCCUGUGGUAGCUCAUUUUUAUUUGUGUUUGCAUGACAGGAUGACAUGCCAAAACCAGGUCAAGCACCUCGCCCUGCUGGUGCAGCUGCUGCUCGUCCCUGAAAAUCCGUAGCAUGUUCUGCUUUACUGCCAUGAGCUUUUCUGCUUUGGUUCAGCAAUGGUUCCUAUUGCAUUUUAUCCAUAAAUGUUUUGACUUUGGGACUUAUAUUUAGUUUUUGUGUGGCCCAGCAUCAUUUUAUAGCAUGUAAUCCAUUGGGAAAAGUGACAAUUGAAGAGAAACACCCGGGAGAAUUUCAAAUCCUUUUUUGUGCUUGGGAAAGAAAAAACUUGUUGCAUUCUUCAA